CGGUUUACAUCACGGCGCCGAGUCCCGUCUCUUUCUAAUAUUACGUCCCAGACUCCCAGUUGAAUCCGUGGAACGGCUGUCAUUAGCAGCUGGAUGCUGAUGGCCUGCGUUGGCGUUUGAUAUCGUCAACUGCAGUGGUUUACGCGAAUUGAGCGGUGAAACGGUGGACGACAACACCAGUCGAAGUGAUGGUGAGCUGAGCUGACAGGUGUGAUAAAAUGGCGAAAAUAAUAAAGGCACCGGAGGUUUCCGCCGCGUCGUUUUCCUGCGAAUAUUGCCCCAAUAUCACCUUCAGAUACAUCGAGGACUUCAUAAGACACUUGAGAGAGCAACAUUGCGCAAGAGAAGGUGGUUCAUUUGUUUGCCGUUAUGGGUAUAACAGUGUAUGCAGCAGCCUUCCGGUCGAAGGUGUUUCGGAUAAGGAUUACAUAGCCCAUGCGACAAAACACGCGACGAUGCAGCAGCAGCAACAGCAACAAAAGAAAAGCAACGGUCAAGUAACCGGAUCGUCUCCGUCGUGGACCAUUUAUUCAGCUGCGCAAAACUUGCCUGCGGUACUGAAUGACCCCAACAAAGGAAAGCAAAGUAAUUUUCUCACCAAGACAUGGGGUGAUGCAUUUGUUGAAAAAGUUGAUAUACCCAAAAGUCCGUAUCUGCCUGACGUCUCUAUGCAGCACUUCGACAAUUAUAUGAAGAAGAUUGCACGGAGAUAUCGUAAGCAUUCGCGCAUGAACACAAAUUCCAACAAUUCCACCUCGCCAAACGAGUUGUUGCAGAAUUUUCCCAAUCUCAGGAAAGUCAAGUCGCUGGAACGUUCUCAAUUCGACUUGUCGAGCAUACCAAAGAUCUUUUUGAUGCCGCAUUUGGACCUUGCUCAGAAGGAAAAUUUCCUCGCUGUAUUCCCGUUCGCUAAGGAAGGACUAUUGGAUGAAGAUGGAAACACAGCCAGCCAUGCUAAACUCAUGCAAGAGAAAGUAUGGACACGACUACACUCCCUCAGCCAUUAUCUGGACAUCGUCGAGGUUCGAAUAGCAGAACAGGUGGCGUCAAAAUCUCAAGCAUUCUUCCAUGCGAUGACGUCGCAUGAUGCUCUGAUGGAACAACUGACCCAAACAAUCACAGUUUUGAAAGCUUUGCGAGAAAAUAUUCAUCAAAUUGACAAAAGCCUUGUUAAGGACUCCUUAGAAAUUUUACGACUGGAGCGAGCGAGGUGCAACCACUUGAUGGUCCAGGAAAAGCUCAAACUUAUGUCAACUGUCCACCAGACGCAGCCUAUGAUACAACUACUUCUCUCCACGCCCGAUUACGUCGCAGCUCUUGAUCUGAUUUCCACCACGCAAGAAAUCUUACUGCAAGAAUUGAACGGUGUUCACAGUUUCAGGCAUUUCAGUUCGCAACUCACUGAAAUGGAAAGACUUAUCGACAAGAUGUUGUCAACUGAGUUUGAGCGCUACGCAACAGCCGAUUUAAACAGGCCCUUGGGAGGAGAAAACGUAAUUCUUGACGGGGACAAACUGGUGUCGAUCAUAUCGGGCCUUUUGCGGCAGAAACACUUUCAGUUUGUCGAUACGUAUAAAGAAGAAGCCAUUAUGACUGUGAGAGCUGUUACCAAACAAUGUGUGAUAGAAGCUUUGGCUGCCAGCGACUCGUGCAGCGACCAUCUGGAAGUUGGGAGUCUCUCUCUCGUCGAAAGACUGUCUCUUUUACACAGCACCAUUCAAUCCUUCACCUUCCUUCUCCACAGAGUCAAGGCAGUACACGAUGUCAUUCGCGAUACUUCAGACCUGGCAGCUGGUCAGACCAACAAUUCAGUGGACAGUUCUCUGACGGAUUGUCUGCUUUCUCGCGAUGAACACGUUCGUGUUACCAGCAAGCUAUCAGACAUGCUAACUUCGGUUUGUGAAUAUUGUCACGAACGAUUGGGCCACUUGCUUUCUACCGCUGCGAGCGAAAGGGACAAAUCACAAAACGAAAAAGACAAGCCAAUGAACGAUACCGCUGUUAGUAAGCAAAUAGAUAAAGAAAUACAGAAUUGGAAUGAGAAAGUUCACUGGCUUAGCGAUAAAGCAACCGCUCUACAAGUCUGUCAACUCGCUUCUAUGGUCGAAGGCUUCACUGUAACGUGCGAAAAACUCUGCGGAAAACAGUGCACAGCUUUGCGGUCGGCGUUUAAAGCACAAGCAACUAAAUUUGUCCAGCGAUUUCACGCUGAGCGUAAAACGAAAUUGAGUCUUCUUCUAGACUCGGAAAGGUGGCGUCAAGCGGAUGUUCCAACGGAAUUUCAGAAUCUAGUGAGCCACGUGUAUGAAAAUAAAUCUUUCCCAACAGAGUCGAAAUUGCGCGAGGACACUGAGAAGAGCAAAAAGAAAGACGCGGCUGAACCAGUGUCUAACUUCAUCUUUGUCGGAGAUGAGAAGUAUGCCGUGGUCGGAACUACCCUAAUGCUUAUACAAAUGAUUCACGAAUAUUGCAGCACAAGCAACGAACUAACAACGUUGUCAGGAACAUUGGGAAGACAUUUGGCCGAGUUGUUGCGACAUUUCAACUCUCGCUGUUGUCAACUAGUCCUUGGAGCUGGAGCGAUGCAAGUUGCAGGAUUGAAGACCAUCACUAGCACGAUUCUUGUGCUGGCCAGUCGGAGUCUGCAGUUGCUCUUGUGGUUUAUGCCAUUCGUCAAGGCUCACUUCCAAGUUUUGGCCGAUCACGGAACAAGUCGAGGAGUCGCAGGUGCAGCAGCAGUAAGCGGAGGCGUGGCUUUGUUGGACAGUGUUGAAAGGGAUAUUCGAGCCCACGUCAGAGAAAUCGAAGGAAAGGUCUUGACCAUCGUUGGAAGCCUCGUUGGGGCGCAAUUAUCGCACUGGACUGCCAGGCCGCCGGUUCCAUCGCAACCGUUCAAGAAUAUUUCAAGACACGUGGUGAAACUGCACGAAGCUGUUUCCAGCAUACUGCCUUCGUCGCAAGUGGAAAGCCUUUAUCGCAGUGUAAAUACAACACUGAAAGAGAAGCUGAGGGAGCAACUUGUGAAAAUGAAUAUCGUCAAUAAUGGCGGACCGCAGCAUGGCGUUGUUACUUCAGAGUUGACUUUUUACCUCGAGGCAUUGAAAGCUUUGAAGGUUUUACCAAUGGAAGAAUUAAAUGACGAUUGGAUGAAUGCUAUAUGGACUAGAUAACAUGCAGAGCGUGUUGUUUACUGCAUUUUGGAAACUAUGCAGUUUUAUAAGCAGAGGUGACUACGAGCAUCCAUAGUUCUGAUCCAAUUCAUCAUAAAUUUGAUGUGACGUGACGUUGAAGAAUGCGCAUUCGUUCCGAAAAGUAUCGAUGAAUCAAUUUUACUCUGAUCUUGGUGCUUCGUCAUGUGGAUUAAUAUCAAACGUGGAAACCGAAGGAGAGAUUGAUGUAAUUACUCAUUUUCUGGGGGACUGUGAACUCAAACUAACCCACCGUUACCGCAAACUCUGUCUGGUAUCUUUGCUUUUUCAUCAUAGAUCCGUUUCCAUUAAUCAUUAUCAUUAUUAUUCAGGGUAAUUUCGGUGAAUACAGAAAUUUCUCGUCAAGUAUUGCAAUUAAUUUUAUUUCAGGCAUUUAUCUGUAUACAAGUCUUUAGUUAAUCUGGUUCCACUUUAAAAAAGAAAAGGCUUGUUUUCGGAUUAUGGGAUGGAAGAAAAUAUAACGACUGCUGAAAAGGAAUUGAUCUGAAUUUGGUCUUGGUACAAAUUGACGAUUUGAAAAAGCUUCCAGGUUUGAAUAUUCUGCUGGCAUACAGCGGAUUCUAAGUGCCAAAAUUUUCAAAAAUUUUCAAUGUCACUUGCAUAUUAAUUUAUUCUUUCUCUUCGUGAACACCGUAUCUAAAAUUAAGAUAAAUUUCAAUUGGCAUCCUAUUUGGUCAUAAUGGUAGAAACGGACUGUUAAAACAGGCUUCCACUACCAAGUAGUAUUCUCUAAUUUUUUUUCGAGUACCAAAAUUAGGUAUGAAAAGGUUGUUUGUCACCUUUUUUCUUUGUUCCACCUUCAUGCUUCUUAAAGAUGAGAUCAGGUGUUUCCGUUUGUCUGCUGAGAGCUACCGAUGGAAAUCCACUGGUUGAAUUUCCCAUUUUGUGUUCCAUAGUAUUACGUUGUAAUGGAUGAAAUUCACUCAAGACUUGCUGUUGCGAUCGCAAAUCGCGUCUAAUAUUAGAGAGAGUGCAAAUUCGAAAAUUUUAAUAUUCUAUUAUUAGCAAACAUUUUAUUUGGUUGUGAGCAAUGACGUUUUACUGUGAUUGAAAUGAUUAUUUCAAAUUUUUCAAGUCGAAGUAUUCGCUCAUGUACUAAAAAAAAAGGAGAAGAAUAAGAUAGGAAAACAGAAUCAAUGUGCUUUUAUUUAAAUUAUUGUUGUUAUUAUUACUAUUGUUGUUAUGAUGAAAGGUAACUAUUAGAAAAUGCUUUUCUUUCCAUCCUUGAAUUUGGUUGUUUAACAAUGGUAUAAUUAAAUUUUAAAAAACGUGCAAUAAUUAUUAAAAUCGCAGUACAAAUUAUCUUUGAAGAUGGUAUACACAGGCUUACCAAGAGACAGCCAUCUUGCGUUGAUAGAUUUCGAGACUAGUCUUGAACUCUAAUAUUAUAAACUCGCUUGUGCCAAUUAAAACGAAAUAGUCAAAGCAUGAGCCUAGUUGACUAUUUGUAUCGAGAUUCAUCCUAUGUAAAGAAUAAAAACGAAGGCAAAACAAAAAAGAGAAAACAGUUCUUUAUCUAUAAUGCUACAGAGAAAAAGUUUACAGAAUGAGAAAUUAGGUACCUGCAUUAAACAUUUUUCAAUUUAUAUUAGCGAAGACGUGAAAAAAGAAACUUAGCUUUUUUUUCUACACUUUUCUUACACUUAUUUUACACCUGCUACAACACAGGUGUUUAAAUUUAAUUAACGCACUAAGAAAAAGCCUUAACCAAUUACUUUUAAGGGUGAAAAUUAAAAACGUACAUAAAAAUAGAGCGAGCAAUCUUUGAUAUACCAUGGCUUUAAAUCUGUAAAUGACUGCAGGCACUGUUGCUAAACAUGUUACAAAAAAAUCGCGUCCGAUAUUCUGAUAUUAAACUAGCGAAAAGGUUAAAAAAUUUACCUUCUACAAUGCAUCCAAAUCACAUUCCGUGACAUAUUAUGAAUGUAAAUAAAGUUCAUCUUGUACAAGGUGCCUCAGACUGAUCCGAUAAUUAGUGAUACGUACCUGUGAAUUAUUGUUCGCUUCUCAAUUACACCGCGAAGUUUGUAGUCGAAGGACCAAAAUAUCAACAAGAAAUUAAUACUAGUUCUACACAUUUCUUCGUGUUAUUU